AGUCUCGCUCAAUCAGUCUCUGCCUGUCGCGGGAUUAACGGGGGACAUUUUGCAAGCCGCAGCAAUUUUGGUCCCGAUGCCUCCUCCUCUGCUCUUGAGGAUAUGAAGUUCCCAGUUUGGGUCAAAGGUCGUGUUCCCUCCGCAGUAAUGUGUCGCCAGCAGCAGCAGAGCAGAGCGGGGCGAAAUCCACCGAUAGCUGAGCAGCUUCCCUGGAUUUUGCCGCCGACUCCUCUUCGUUGGUCCUGAAAAUGGAAACGCUGGAGUCCGAGCUGACAUGCCCAAUUUGUCUGGAGCUCUUUGAGGACCCGCUUCUCUUGCCUUGCGCUCACAGCCUUUGUUCCAACUGCGCCCACCGCAUCCUGGUGUCGCACUGCACCCCCAGCGAGCCCGUCCAGUCCAUCCGCGCCUUCCCGUGCCCGACUUGCCGCUAUGUCAUCAACCUCAGCCAGAGAGGCCUCGAGGGACUGAAGCGCAACGUCACCCUCCAGAACAUCAUCGACCGCUACCAGAAGGCAUCCCUGAGCGGACCCAACUCGCCCAGCCAGACCCGGCGGGAACGAGCCGCCCCCGACGCCGGCGCCAUGACGCAGCCCGGCCACAGGGUGCAGUGUCAGUUCUGCGAGCAGGAGCCGCCGCAGGACGCCGUGAAGACCUGCGUCACGUGCGAGGUGUCCUACUGCGACGAGUGCCUCAAAGCCACACACCCGAACAAGAAGCCCUUCACGGGCCACCGCCUCAUCGAGCCCCUGCUGGACUCCCAGGUCCGAGGGGUCAUGUGCGUGGAGCACGAGGACCAGAAGGUCAACAUGUACUGUGUGACGGACGAACAGUUGAUCUGUGCCUUGUGCAAGCUGGUGGGGCGACACAGGGACCACCAAGUCGCCGCACUGGGGGAUCGCUAUGACAAACUCAAGCACGCCCUGGACACCAACCUCAGCAAUCUCAUCAAGAGGACCAGCGAGUUGGAAACACUGAUGGGCAUACUCAUCCAAACGUGCCAACGAGUGGAGAUAAACGCUUCCAGGCAAGAAAACAAGCUGCUGGAGGAGUGUGACCUUCUGAUCAAUAUCAUACAGCAGAGGCGGCAAAUCAUCGGUACCAAGAUAAAGGAGGGAAAGACUGUGCGCCUGAGGAAGUUAGCCCAACAAAUAGGCAGCUGCAAGCAGUGCAUCGAGAGAUCGUCCUCGCUCAUCACUCAGGCCGACCACACCCUCAAAGAGACGGACCACACCCGCUUCCUUCAGUCGGCCAAAAGCGUCUGUGAGCGAGUCUCCAUGGCAACAACGUCCUCUCAGAUCUUGCUACCGGAAAUAAACCUGAAUGACACCUUUGACACGUUCGCCCUGGACUUCUCAAGGGAGAAGAAAAUGUUGGAGGGUUUGGAUUAUCUGACAGCGCCAAAUCCACCGGUAAUCCGAGAGGAAUUAUGCACGGCUUCAUACGACACCAUCACAGUUCACUGGACGUCAGAUGAUGAGUUCUCCGUCGUGUCCUAUGAACUCCAGUACGCCAUCUUCACCAGUCACUGCAAUGUCGUCAGUUUGUGUAAUUCGGCCGACAGCUGGAUGAUCGUGCCCAACAUCAAACAAAACAACUACACAGUCCACGGCCUCCAGUGCGGUACCAAGUACGCCUUCAUCGUUAAAGCCAUCAACCAGGCCGGGAGCCGUAGCAGUGAACCAGGGAAACUCAAGACCAACAGUCAACCUUUCAAACUAGAUCCAAAGUCCGCUCACCGGAAGUUAAAGGUGUCCCAUGACAAUCUGACGGUGGAGAGGGAUGAGAUGUCGUCAAAGAAGAGCCACAGCCAAGACCGAUUUACCAGCAACAGCAGCUACGGCGUGACGGGGAACGUUUAUAUCGACAGCGGACGCCAUUACUGGGAGACUCUGAUAGGCGGAAGCACGUGGUUUGCCGUGGGCAUCGCCUACAAAUCGGCACCGAAACACGAAUGGGCGGGCAAGAACUCCACCUCCUGGGUACUGUCCCGCUGUAACAACUCAUGGGUGGCCCGUCAUAACGGCAAGGAGACCCCCGUCGAGCCCUCGCCCCACCUGAGGCGUCUCGGCGUGCUGUUGGACUACGACUCUGGCUUCCUGUCUUUCUACGACGCCGUGGGCUCCCAGCUCUUGUACACGUUUGACAUCGCCUUUGCACAGCCCGUCUGCCCCGUGUUCAACGUGUGGAACCGAUGUGUCACCAUCCUCACCGGGCUGCCCAUCCCGGAUCAUCUUGAGGGGACAGAGUCCAACAACUGACAGGACCACAAUGUUGUAAACCUUUUCAGGGGGGAAUCGAACUCAAACUUUGCAUUAUUUUCCAAGCGUUUUACUUUGCACAUGUAUGUUGUACAUUAUUCCGCUGGAACUUUUCAAGGAAUAAUGAUAUUUCUUAAAAAAAAAAAUUUGAAUUUCUGCUGUGUUGUACAUUUCAUUUGUGCAUUUUUUUUUUAUCCAUGAAUGAGUCAAUGUGAUGUUUCUGGAGCGCUGUGUGAUAAAUGUAUAUUUUUGAUAUGUGUGUUGCACUUUGGGAAGACACAAGGAGUGUCACAAUAAAAAGUAUAAUAAAGCCGCUUGGAAAAGA